UCAGCCCUUUCUGUUCUUUGUUUGUCAUAUAACUGUAAAUCCACAUGAUGUUUUUGAUCCUGGUGUUGUUGUCAUAUUUGGUAGUGGAGGACUCUCAUUACCAUCAAAAUUUCAUGAAUCAG